AUGGGACACAAUCGAGAGAGCCAUGCGAUACCCAAUUAUCGGGAGGUGUUGCUGAUGCAACAGCGCACAGCAAGUUUCCUGAUGGUUUUUUCUGUCAUAGCUAUUGCCUUUUUUGUGUUAAUUGUCUCAAUUCAGACACAGGAAGCAAUAUGCCAAACUCGGGCUAACACCGCCGCAUUUAACGUGUACGCAAAAGCGGAGAUAAAGAACGGCAGCUUUGCUGACGCCUUGAUCGAUGCUCUCAAAAGAAAUGGAGUGCAUGCUGAGCCGUUAGAGAUAAAGUCACAAGUCAGGACACGAAUUGAUGUCUUUGACACACUUGAGAAGACAUUGUUCAACUCCGGAUUUCGUCUUCUUCGAAAGCCGGACGAAUUUGGCGUGACGUGGCGGUUGCGAUAUUUGGAGCACAGCGUGUGCCAGACAGAGCGAAGAAUCUCCAUGGAGGCAUUGCCCAAUGUGGACUACGAGAAGGUUUCAUAUGACGUCAUGGCGAUUCAUACCCACGGUGGUCGGGCAUUCUUGUACGAGGCUGAGGUGAAGACCAAGGACCGCGACAGGAUCACAACAUUUCCACAGCUGCAAUCGUUGUUCCCCGGGUUUAAUGCUCGAACGGCGUCUCCACAAAUGGUGUUGACUGAUUCGGUGGUGGCUCUGACAGCUUUUGCUGCAGAGCUUUACUACGGCUCUACUUCAUUGGAUAUUGAACUACAAAUGGAACAGCGCAGUCGUGAGAAGGGAGGAAAAUUAUAUUGGCGAGUCACGCUUUUGACGAAGAACAUAUUGGCUGAAAGCAAUUUGAAGGGAGUGCACAGAAUUGUCUCCGAGGUGGUGCAGAAUAGGAGUGUCUUGUGUGAUCCGGCAAGUUGCGGGUCUGCAUUUGGUGAUCCGUUUCUUCAAUGA